AUGGCCGCUGCACGGCGGGGUGAGAAACUGCGCCCCACAGAACGACCGGCACUCCCUGUCACGCCUCUGGGGCUGGAAUUCCCUGCAGAAGACCCCGCGGGUGCUAAGGCAGCCGUGCUGCAUCUCAUAGUUGCAUCCGAUCGGUUCGCUUGCAAGGCAGUUCUUGUAGACGUACAAGACGGGGCAUCCGGAGGUACCGUUGCAGGGAGUGGAAGUGGUGGGGCAUUGAGGGAGUGGGUUUGCUGUGGCUUUGAGGUAGUUUUCUUCAGCGUGCAGGUAUUGGAGGUGUGCCAUGCGGUGGAUGCCUGGCAGCGGCCCUACCAGCUGGUUGUUGGCAACGUAGCUGGACUCAGUAACAUGCCAUGCACACACGCGGCACAUGCACUCCCUCCCUCCCUCCCUCUUUCCCUCUUUCCCUCCCUCCCUCCCUCCCUCCCUCCCUCCCUCCCUCCCUCCCUCCCUCCCUCCCUCCCUCCCUCCCUCCCUCCCUCCCUCCCUCCCUCCCUCCCUCCCUCCCUCCCUCCCUCCCUCCCUCCCUCCCUCCCUCCCUCCCUCCCUCCCUCCCUCCCUCCCUCCCUCCCUCCCUCCCUCCCUCCCUCCCUCCCUCCCUCCCUCCCUCCCUCCCUCCCUCCCUCCCUCCCUCCCUCCCUCCCUCCCUCCCUCCGAGCAGAUACAAUCACGGCAGGCGCCGAGUGGUUGAAAACAAGUGGCAGGCAGAAUGAAAGGCAUGGAGAAAGGAGUAGGGUGGAGGGGGAAUGGGCGCACAGGCUGGUGAGUGCGGUGAGGUGGGCAAUGGAGGCGGGAAUGGUGCCACUCAGCCUGGUUUGA